UGCUGUGAUGAAAUGCUAAUAGCCUACGUACGGGUAGUUCAGUUAUUAUUAAUUUGAAUAAUGGUGCUAAUUGUUCGUAAUAGUUUUGGAUGCUACUCCAGGAUUUCCCAGUGUAUAAAACGUCAUUCCAAGCAGACAAUUGGUGUAAGAUAUUGUACACGUGUAAAACAACCUGUAUUAUUGUUUGAUGAAGAUAGAUAUAAUGGAGUGACAGCUAAUCUACAGCAAGUUGAUAUUAAUACUGUUAAAACAGAAGACUUCAGUGUCCAGUUAGCUGAAUCACUAAAGAUUUGGAAAGAAGAAAACAGAACAGCAGCCUGGUUACAAGUGCCCAUAACACAUAGUAUCCUGAUAGCAAUAGCUGGUGACCUUGGUUUUCAGUACCAUCAUGCCGAAGGAAAUAAAGCUAUGUUAAAACUUUGGUUGCAAACAUAUAGAGAAGAUCCAACACCUCUAUUUGCUACACAUCAAGUAGGUGUCUCAGGAUUUGUAUUAAACGAAGAAAAUAAUGAAGUACUCGUUGUUCAAGAUAAAAACAGACCCUAUACGUUAUGGAAAUUCCCAGGUGGACUUUCAAAUCUAGGUGAAGAUAUUGGAGAUACGGCUGUACGAGAAGUCUUUGAAGAGACCGGUAUUAAAUGUGAAUUCAAAUCAAUUUUGUCAUUUCGACAGCAGCACCAGCAUCCUGGAGCAUUUGGAAGAUCUGAUUUUUACGUGAUAUGUCGAUUGAAACCACUAACGUUCAGCAUCAGUGCGUGUUCAGAUGAAAUUCGCCAGUGUAAAUGGAUGCACAUCAGUGAUAUCAAGCAAGAGGUGGAAGCAUCAUCGCUAACCAAGAGAUUGGCAGACAUGAUGGAGUUCGGUCUAGCUAAUGGAUUUGAUAAAAUUGAUAUACACUGUGAAGAAAUGAAGUCAGUGUAUAAAGGUUUAAAGUUUAAACUGUACCAUAGACCAUUCUCUAUACAAAACAAAUCAACAGAUUAGACUUUCUUUAAUUGUUUUGUACUAUUAAAAUCCCAAUUUAGAUAAAAUUUGGGUAAUAUAAGGCCUAGAUGAUUAUGGGUAAUAUAGGGCCUACAUUGUUAUGGGUAAUGUAGGGCCUAGAUGAUUAUGGGUAAUAUAGGGUAUAUAUGAUUAUGGGCAAUAUAGGGCCUAGAUAGGGCAUAUAUGAUUAUGGACAAUAUAGGGCCUAGAUGAUUAUGGGUAAUAGAGGACCUAGAUGAUUAUGGGUAAUAUAAGAUCUAAAUGAUUAUGUUAAUUGAUACUUCAAAUGAUUUAAUAAAUAUGUAGCAUAGUCUUAGAAUUUUUAUAAUAGAUCACCAUUUAAACUGACAUUAUGCAAUAGCUAAAUCUAUCUAUUGCAGGUCUUUCUUUAGGCCUGAAAGGUUAUAUAAAUUAUUAAUUAGACAUUUAUUAACAUACCAAGACCAUAAUCGAGUAGUUCCGAUAUUUAGUAGAUUUGAAUACGUUUUGCGGUUGGUGAAAUAGGCGUAAAAUUGGAUAAUCGAGACUUUGUUUAUUAUCGUAACAACGGUAGCAAUGGCAAUCGAGGCUACAGUGUUAUUGUAUAGUCGAUAACUAGGUUCAGAGUGUUGUAGUUUGCCUGAAAGUUUUAAUAUAUUCCCUUUUCAUUAUCUUUUUUUUUUAACGAUUAGGCCGAGAACUGUCAGCUCUUUAUCUAAUCUUACCUAAUGCCCCCUUUAAGUUUUAACUGAAAUAAACGUGAACAAUGGUGGAUAAUCAAGUCUUUUACCAUGCAUUGCGAAGUUAAAGACUAAGAAACUUGUAUUGCUCCUGUUUUAAAAUACUAUAAUAAAAAUGCUCUUCACAAUCAGAUAAUAAAGAUACCUGGUUCCAAGUUGUUUUAAUUUUUA